AUGGAUCGAGACCGCGAGAGAGAGCGAGACCGAAGGUUUGUCAAGCCGACACCAUCGGACGACCGGUACUCGAAUACGUACAGACCACGUUCCCCCCGGCCCCGAAGCCGCUCCCCAGGGCCUCGCGCGGACAGCUACCGCGCAGGCCGAUCGCCGCCCCGCCGCAGCUCUCCGCCUCCGCGACGAGGGUCGCCACCCCGCCGUGGUCUCGCCUCGGCCGACACGUACACGCCGGGAGGCAACAGUCGCCCGUCGCGGCCCAGGACUCGCUCGCCCGUCUUCAGGAGACGAUCGCGCAGCCCGCGCCGAGACGACAGCUGGAGGGCCAGGCCGCGCUCGCCGCCCCGCCGCGCCUUCUCCCCGCGACGAGACGACUUCAGGAACGAGCGGGCGAGGUCGCCGCCCCGGAGAGACGGCUAUGAUUCGUACAUCCGCUCGCCGCGCCCGCGCGAAAGGUCGCCGCCGCCCAGGACGCGUGAAGCCUCGCCCGCUAGGAGCAGGGGUGUGCGUUCGCCUGUGAGGGCGGCUCGAUACGACGAGCCGCGCUCGCGCAUCACCAGUCCGAGACGCACUUCCCCUCCCCCCCGCGACAACCGUGACUUCCGCCGCCGCUCGCCCUCGCCGCGACGCGAGCGCGCCGACCCAUACACAGCAGACACAUGGCGAAGCCGCAGGUCGCCUUCAGCCCGGCCUGCAUUCACCUCCAACGAACCCUCGGGCGUGCAGUCUGCGGCAACCUCGCGGAGGUCCUCCCCUCGACCGACCGUCCACCCCAGCAGGGCCGCUCUUGUAGACGACAGGCCAGCCAGAGAGCCCGUGUCCGCGCCCAGGUCGCCGUUCCGCGAACGAGAAAGCAGCAGAGCGCCCCGCGACAACUUCCGCGAGAGGGAGAGGGAGAGGGAGAGGGAGCGGGAGCGAUCACCGCCUCGACGCAGGGAGGCCAGCCCGAUGCGAGAAAGGAGUCCACCGCGGAGACGGGACGCCAGCCCUCCACGAGGACCAAGGGGCGACAGAGACAGGGAGUUUGCACCCCCUACUGGACCUUCGUCUGCCCGCCGCGACGGCGACUUCCCAAGGGCACCUCCUACAGGGCCGUCCAGCCGUAGCUAUCCUUCGCCCGCCCUCUCACCGCCGGUUGGGCCUGCAAGCUCGGCACCGACGGCACCACCCGCCGGCCCUCGAGGCGGUAAUCCCGCGCUCAGUGCGCCUACCAGGCCUCGCGGCGGCGGGCGAGGCGGCUAUCCAUACGACGCACCACGCGACUUCUCUGGCCCACCACGCCGGGGAUCGUGGGGUGCUGGCCCUCGCGGCGGCGGUGAGUUCCGUGGUGGCUUUCGCGGUGGCUUCCACGACGGCCCUCCCUCAGGCCCUCGGGGCUCUGCGAGCGGGCCGUCGAGCUUCUCAGCCACGUUCCGCGGCUCCAACAACUCGACCGCGACGACGUAUCCGCGCACCAUGCGUUUCCGGGACCAUCUUGCUGAUUUGCCCAAGGAGAUGCCAGGAGGCCAGAGGGCGCCUGAGGUGUACGACAAGAGCAAGAUCCUGCGACUGGAAGAGGAGGCCAGGAAGCUGCGUGACCUUAUCGACAAGAAGGAAGACGCGAAGAGAGCCAAGCUUCGGGAGUGGGAUGCGCUGGAGAGGGAUGCCGAGACGGCGCAGCUUCGCGUCGAUCUGGCAGAGCAGUCGUUGAGAAACCUGAAUGGCGAGACGGAGGUCGGAGGGGCUGCUUUCUAG